AUGUCGGCUAUCAAAGUUGCCCUGCAGCAGCGCCAGAAAAGAAGCAGAAGGAAAACCCCUGAAGCAAUGUCUGCAGAGGCGUCACCAGACUCCAAGUGUCCUAUCUGCUUGGAUGUGUUUAACAACAUUUCCUACCUGGACCUCUGCCUGCACAAAUUCUGCUUCCGCUGUAUUCAUGAAUGGUCCAAGAAUAAAGCGGAGUGUCCUCUCUGCAAACAGCCCUUCAAUUCGAUCUAUCACAGUAUAAAAUCAGAGCAAGACUUUCAGAAGUAUGACCUGAAGCCGCUGGAUAAUGGCUCUUUCGGAACUUUUGGAGGAGUGCGAUUUAGAUACCGCACAACCCUGACAGAAGUCCGUCGAUCAAUGAUUCCUCCAGAUAAUGGGGUUAUGUUUGAGUCCUCAAGAAACCUUCCUCAACAACGGCAGGAUCGAUACAUACGUCGCAUGAUGAUGAGGUUGGCGGCAAAAAGGAGAGCUACAAAUGAAGGCAGGGUGGUGAACAAUGUCAGGGAGCAGGAAAUGAUCAAUUUCAGGAGGGAACUCUACCGCCAGGGAGUGAGGGUGCGAAGUGUUCGGGAUGGUGGCCGCUGCAGAGACACCUCAGCUGAAUUCUUCAGCAGAAAUCCUGCCUGCCUACACAGACUUGUCCCCUGGCUAAAAAGAGAACUUAUUGUCCUCUAUGGAGCCCACGGCUCUUUGGUCAACAUAGUUCAACACAUCAUCAUGUCUCGGAUUACACGUUAUGACAUGGAGGAUGGAGCUAUUCAGGAAGAGCUCAGGCCUUUCCUCCAGGGGCGCACAGAGCACUUCCUACAUGAGUUCAUCAGCUUUGCAAAGUCUCCCUUCAAUAUGGAAGCCUAUGACCAACAUGCUGUGUAUGAUUGUCCAGCACCUUCUUCAAAUGAAGACAGCAGCACUAACUCAUCUGUUAUAGCUAUCUCUGAGGAUGAGGGAAACUCUAUGGAUUUGGAUCCUCGGGGAGACUCCACCUCUAAUUUGAGUCAGUCUGUGUGGGAUGAUGAGACACCAGGACCUUCCUAUUCAACCACAGUAGAGCAGAGCAGGGCAGAGUGUCUGUCUGUGUUAGACUCAGACUCUGACAGCAGUGAGGAAGAAACACAAGAGUUAAGAAGUGCCCACACACAAGUGGAUUCUACACAAUGCGAAUUAAACAAAGAGGAUUGUUUGACUUCUGACAGUGAUGACUGUGUCAUUGUUGGUUUUGUCAAGCCAACAGCAGAGAGGACUCCUGAGCUGGUGAAGCUCUCCUCCAACUCUGAGGAAUCUGAUGGUGAAGACACCAAAGAAGUGCCUCUUUUGCCACAGCACAUCCGCUUCUCCAGUCUCAGUCCUGUAGCUUCUCAGAGCAGCGGUGCUGGACGGUCAGAAAAUGCAGAAACUAAUUAUCAAGUUGAUUUAAGAGAAAGACAGAGCUCGUCAACAUCUAGCCGAUACAAGACAUCCAGUAGAUCAGACAGAAAAGACAGAGACAAAAGAUUUGACAGUCAUGAUUCAUCAAGGGACAGGCACCGAUCAAAAGACCAUAAGAGAAGGAGGAGGUCCAGAAGUGGAGAGCGCAGGCGCCUUAGCAGGAGUCCAGCAAAUUCCCACAGCAGUGUUAGCUCUCUUUCCAGAGCAAGAGGUUAUUCUUACUCUAGUGGCAAAGACCUUUACUCUCAACGUGACAGUAGCUACAAUAGAAGGCAUGAUGACCGAAGCUAUCAGUCAUACAGACAUUACAAUCAAGAGAGAAUGGAUAAUGGGACGCAUUACACAGAGAGGCAUUCCUAUUAUUACAGUAGUAACAAGCGCUCCGAUUGGCACACCCGCUCCCGCUCCAGGAGCUGCAGCAGGGACUCCAGAAGGCGGGAUAGGAGGCGUUCUCGGUCCAGAUCUUAUUCGAGCAGUCGCUCCCCUUCAGCGAAAAAAAGGUCGCACCACGACAAGCCUGGUGGCAAGAGGAAAUACAAGACAAGACAUUUAGAGGAACCAUCCAGCACCCUUCCCACCGUUGACGCUGAGGGCAGAGCUUCGACUCCCACAAAGAAAAAGAACAAGGAGAAGCAUCGUAAAAAAUCCAAAGAGAGGUCAAGGAAAACAAGCAGGAGUCUGAGUGUGGAGCUUGUCAAUGAGGAAAACUGGCAUGAGCGAAGCAAACGGCACAAGAAAAAGAAGAAACACAAAAAGAAGAGCAAAAGACACAGAAGUGAUGAUCGCACGGAGAAGCACUCACCCACCGUCAUCACUAUUGACAGUGACAGUGAUUCUUUUGUAAACUCUCGAGUCACACAGACCUCUGGCGCAAGCAAGGACAACCCUAAAGACAACAGUACAGAUGACCCAGGAGACCCCAUCCCUGCUGACUCUCAUGCAUAA